AUGUCGAAAUUGGGUCCGUUAGCAAGAUCUGUGAAGUGGACUCUCUCUGUGGGAGUAAUCGGUUCUGUUUUUUACCUGUACCGAUACAGUAACAAUGGCUACUUCUACGAUCACGAUGCUACAUGGUUGAAACAAGAUCAUCAGGUACAGGACCUGGUGGAUAGAAAAGAAGUGGUACCUGGGGAGACCAGGAACCGCAAGCUAGUUGUGACGGAUGAUGGCACUGCAUGGAGCAGGACCAUGGGGGAGAGCAUAAAAGAUAUUUGGAAUGAACAGAUAAGAAACUCUGUCGAUUGGAUCUACUCCUGGGGUAAGAAUUAG